GCCGCCUCCCGCACCGCCCCGGGGGUCCGCACGGCCGGGGGCGGAGCGGGGCGGCAGCGUCGGGCUGCGCGGAGGGCUUUUGGCGUGCUGGUUGCUGUUUUUCCCCCCCUCCUUUCCCUCUGCAGGAGAACGACUCAUAUCCCCACCGAGGAGCAGCUCCCUUCCCUUCAGCUGAGCUCUGCGGCCGUGCCGGACGCAUCUCUGCAGGCCAGCUCCACCAGUGCACGAUGAAGGCCUGGUUCUCUGAGUCGGGGCAAAGAGUGGAAGUUUUCAUCCCCUCUCGGCGCUGGUUCCGGCCGCUCAUGGGGCGCUGCUGCCAGGCCUGCACCCCAAGGAGCUGGGAUGGCUUCUACCAUGCGCAUCUCUGCUCCCUCGGCUUCCGCAGUGCCACCCGGGUGACGGAGGAGGACACCAGGUACCGGGGCUGGCUGGUGCGACGGAUCUGCUGCAUCCUGGCUGUGGGCAGCUGGAAGGUGCUCACCAACACCCCCAGGGAUCUCCUGGAGAGAGUCUGCAGCAAUAAGAGGGUGCAGGACGUCGCUGCCAGCCAGGCAUGCAGCUGCAAAAGGGACAGCAAGUUCCAGCAGCAGUGCAAGGAGAAAGUCCUCGGGAUCCUGGCUAGGAUCCAGGCCCCGCUCUGCCUCCCCGUACUCAGGCUGUGCUGCUGGGCCCUGCUCCGCUUCCUGAGCCGCCUCUUCCUCAGCGUGCAGCUGCACCAGGGGCAGCUGGAGAUGGUGCUGAGGGCCGCCAGGACGCCUGGCGUGCCGCUGGUUUUCCUCUCCACCCACAAGUCCCAGGUGGAUGGGCUGCUCCUAUCCUUCCUCCUCUUCUCCCAGGGCCUGGGGGUGCCCAGGGUGACGGUGGGCAACUUGACCUGCAGCCCUUGCCUGCGGGCCUUGCUUGGCUGUCUGGGAGCAGUUUUCCUGCCCACGAGGAUGGAGCAGGCUUUGAGUGACCAGGAUGGAGAGCUCCCAGCAGCUGUGCUGGCCUCGUACGUCGAGGAGGUGCUGAGGAGCCAGCAGCCUCUGGUGGUCUUCCUGGAGGAGCCCUGUGCCCCGUGGCACCUCUCCAGCCCGGCCCGUGCAUGGCUGGCCCCGCUGUACCACGCUGUGCGGGAUGGUGCUGUGCCUGACAUCCUACUGGUCCCUGUGGGCAUCGCCUACGACCAGACUCCCGACAGAUUCUGCAGGAAUGGAGCGCACAGUGCUCAGGCCCUUGGCCUCGGGGCCUGCCUCUGGGCUGCGUGCCGAGCCCUGUGCCGAUGCUUUGGCUGCGCUCGUGUGGACUUGGCCCAGCCCUUCUCCUUGCAGGAGUUUGUGUCACAAAGCCUCAUCUGCAGGAGCAGCAUGGGGAAGCCACUGGAGGAGCUGCUGCCCACCAUCCUCGGUGUGCCGCAGCUGGAUUACAGCAGGGUGGAUGGUCCAGAGCACAGAACGACCACCAGCUCAGAGGCAGAAGAGGAAAUGAUGGUGACAAAGCUGGGCCUGCAUGCCCUGAGCGAUGCCACUGCGUGCUCUGCCGUCACGGCUGUGGGGAUCACAUCGGCACUGCUGCUGCACAAGCACCGCAAGUGUGUGCGGCUCUCCCAGCUCAUGGCAGACUUUGCGUGGCUGCUGGAGGAGGCACUGCUGCGGCAGCAUGACGUGAGCUUCUCGGGGCAGCUCCGCGCCCUGGUGCUGCACAGCUUGGCCCUGCUCAGUGCCCACCUCACCCUCUACCAUCUUGCACCCCUUGGUGAUGUCAUGGUGGUUGUCAAGGACUCAGCAGAGACGCAGUGGGAGCUGAGCCGCCACAGUGCCCAACUUGUGCCUGUCUUUGCCAGUGAGGCGGUGGGAGCCUGUGCCAUCCGUGCCCUGCUGGUGGAGCUGCUGCCCUUUGUGGGGGAGGCCCCCUGCCCCUCGAGCAUCGCCUUCAGUGAGGACGAACUGCACCACAAGAUCCUGGCACUGCUGCAGCUGCUGCCCCCCAGCCUGCUGGGGCUGAAGCCCUGCCAGCCCCUUGACUGCCAGAGCCAGGAUGUCUUGGACAAGCUCACACUGUGCGGGCUACUGAAGACUGAAGAGGAGGGUGAGCACUAUCUCUGUGAUGUGUCCUCACGGCGAUGCAGCAGGACACCGCAUUGGACCAACCUGGACUUCAGUGAAAGUGACAGUGACAGUGAUGACAACCACCGCAAACGCUGCUUCAGGAUCUGCGAGCCCACAGACUCACCCGGCUUCCUCCUCUUCUUCUGUCACCUCCUCAGCCCUGUGCUGACAACCUAUGUACGAGCAGUGACUUUCCUGGAGCAAUACAGCUGGCCCCAGCCUGAAGCAACGUGUGCAUGUGCACUGCAGCAGUUCCUGGCAGAGGACGGUUUGGAGUGCCCCAUGUGGAGCCUGGUGCUGAGCACAUUGCAGAGCUUCAAGAACAUAGGGGUGCUGAAGGAGAUGCCGAGCCCUUUGGGGCCCCUUCUGCACCUUGUGCAGCCAUUCAGCUCCAGCGAGGGCUGGGGGAAGCUGCGAGCCUUCCUCGAGCAGUUCAUGCAGCUGUAGCCACCAACCCUGCAGAGCAAUAAAGCCGGGAGCAGCA